AUGGCCCCCUUUCCAUUGAACCUCGGGGUUCCCCACAUUGACACCGCCGAUAUCCUCUCCCGCCUCCAACAUCUCGCAGCCCCGUCGCCAGUAGCUCCGGCACCCACAGCUGCCCCAACGGUCGCCGCCGCCGCCGUUCUCGCAGACCGUCAGUAUUAUGACUCUGUUGCGCCCGCGCCCAACUAUAACUCGGUCCCCCACCCCACCGUGAUCUACACCCAGGGACCUGCCGCGACCGAUACCGUCACCACCACCGUCUACCCUGUUUCCUCCGUGGAAUCCUCUGCAGCCUCCACCGCUACCGUCAUCUCACAGGUUGGCGCGACCUCCAACCACGACGGCGGACUCUCAGGCGGUGCCAUUGCCGGCAUCGUCAUCGGUGUAAUCCUCUUCCUCAUCCUCUUGGGUCUUCUCUUCUGGUGGCUCGGCGGCGGCGGCAAGAAGAAUCGCCGUGAUGAUAAUUACUACCACGAGGAAGUUCUGUCGUCCGGCUCUUCUGGCUCCGGUGGUGGCGGUGGUGCCGCUUACAUCCACCGCACGACGAGGAGGACCGAAAAUGUCUAUGGCAGCAGCGGUGCCGCUGCUGCGGGGAUGAGAGGCGGCGGCAUGAGCGAAACGGAUAGCAGUGUCAGCGGUGUCAGCAUGUGCUCGUGUGGAUGCGGGGCGGUGGCAGGCGCUUGCGAGAGGAAGAAGAGGCGCCAUUCAAGGCACAAGUCUGGUUCCAAGCACGUGCAUCACUAUCGCCAUACGUCGAGGCAUCAUUCGAGGACCAGGAGCGCGUCGAGACAUGAGUCUCGGGGAAGGAGUGUAGGGCCGGAUGGGGGUGAGAUGAGGGAGACGCCGAGGGUUUACAGGUACACAAGCGAGAGGGAGGGGAGGUAG